AAGUUUACAUUUUCCUUCUUAAAUAAUAUCGCUCAAAGUAUAUUUACCACAUAUACUAUGUUGCCUGUACUGCUGUACUGAAUCUUUUGUUUUCAAUAGUUUUGUUUUAUUUUGAUAUUGUCAAGAAGCGGGUUAAUUUUGAAAUUUUUGAAGAAACUAAGAUUGAUGGCUUCCAAAUAUGAGUAUGUUUCCGAAGAAGAAUUAAACUAUAUGGUUCGAAAGGUACAAAGGCUUAAAAAGGAUCAAAGGGAUGAGCAGAAAUGGCUAAACUUGAGAUCUGAUAGCUCUGAAACAAACAAGGAAAGUGUUGGUAUCAAUCCUGCACAGAAUCUGUGCAGUGAAAGCUUGGAGAAAAAUGGAAGAUCAUCAGGGGACCUUCGUGAGAUGCAGUCCAGUGCACCUGUCAGUCAAGGGUUGUCCCCCGAAGAGGGGUUCUCCAUUGACGCUGACUGCAUCAGGCUGUGUAGGCUGGAGAUAUCAGCAAUCCUGGAUGGCAUGAUGCUCCUAAUGGACAACUUGCCUGUCCCUGAGGAUGAUAAGGACCUCGCCAGGCGGAUGCUCAGGUCUUCUGAGUUCACUGUCAUGUUUACAAGGAACUACUUGUAUCAGCUGCAAAGAAAUGAAACAGAGGUGAAAGAACGACAGAAUUUGUUACUGUUGUCCCCACACCACCAUUUCAAUCAUCUGAACAAGUUCCAUCAGAAACUGGCAGCUGCUUAUCGUGACGUUCUUCAUGCUGUUCAGGUCUACUUACGCCAUAUACCUAAAACCGUUGCAAGUGCUUUGCCUGGAAAGUUGAAAGGAUUACUGGCUCACAUAUGCCACUUGGAGAUGGCUCAUGACAACCUGGAUGUUCUAGUUGAUGAAGACAACAUUUCUUCUGAAGUGAUGAUGGAGAAGUGUGAGAAACUGCUGGCAUUGGGCUACAAGAAGAAAGAGGAUUCAGAGAAACGUGUGCGUGCUUCGUACCACGGCCCAAGAGUCGGAUGCAAAGAUCGUAAGAAAAAUCGCUCCAAAUUAAAAAUAAAGAAACCAGUUAUGAAAACCAAGGAAUUUCCUGUGACAAGAAAUCUGAGAGAUAAAAAGUACCCUGAUAGAAGUACUUCCUCUGCCAGGAAUGAAGAGGAAUCUCCUGGAACAAGAAAUCUGAGAGGGAAAUUGUGCCUUUAUAGAAGCACCUCCUGUACCAGGAAUGAAGGCUCUGUAAAUCAAAUGGGAUUUUCAGAUACAAGAAAUCUGAGUGACGAAAAAAGGCCUCGUAGAAGCUGCUCUUGUACCAGAAAAGAAGACAACAGACAUCAAGUUGUGAGCGAGAAUGAGAGAUAUAGGACCGAGACUAGCAAACAAAAGCCUGAUGUAAAUUCAAUGGGUGACAAUAACAUCUGUGGUAAAAAAAAGAACAAGUGUAAGAAAUCAAAUGAAUAUUUGAUGAAUGGAGGAAAGAAAGCCAAAGAACUUUGUAAUGAAGUAAUUUCAAGAAACGAGGAACUGUGUCACCGGAGCGGAACACCUGUUACUGAUGCUAAAACAAGAAAACACCUUAAGGAAAAAAUUAUCUAUAAGAAUGUUAAAACUUCAUUAACUAAUGUAGAAAAGUGUAAGAAAUCAAAUGUAUAUGAUUUGGUGAAUAAAGCUGUAAAAUCAGAAGUGCUUGAGAAAGAGGAAAUUUCAAGAAAACAGAAAGCAUGUCUGCUUAAUGAGAUCCCAUCUCCGUCAUUUAUGACGAAAAAUGUGAAUGCUGCAGAGGAAGAAGUUCCUUCAUCUGAUGUGAGAUGUAGACCGAGAUCUAAAGAGCCUUCUGUGAAAAAAAUAUUGGAGACCAGAGAAACUAGUCAUGAGAUCAUAAUUUCAAGGAGAAGACACGAACAACGUCGGCUUGAAGAGGUUUCACGACCUGCUGUGUGCAGAGGUUCAAAACAUCCAGCGAAGGAUUCCUGUCUGCAUGAUGCCAUGAAGCAACAAACAUACCUGAAUAUAACUCCUAUUGCUGAGGUCAGCAAAAAGAAACACCAGAAGAAAAUUCUUUUUAAGAACAUAAACAUUCCAUGGACUGCUGUAGAAAAGUUGUGUGAUGACUUCAUGGAAGAAUCAAUGCAAGCUGUCUCGAAAGAAAUGUACCAAAUUAUUUCUGGCAUGGCAAAAGCAAUGAUUGAAAAUGAAUUCAAGUAUUAGUUCCAGUACUGACUUUUUAUUGUUGUUUUAAGAGAUAUAUUUUUUUGUGAUAUGAGAACACUUUAACAAGUUUUUGAUUAUAUGGCUGUGAUUAAAUUAUUUAUUGAACUG